AUGUCCAGCCUUCUAAUCACUAUUCAAGGGCUUCCUCAUCCUCUUAGUCAUCGACUCAUCGGUACUACAAUCUACGGCUCAAUCAAGGCCUUUCCUAACGAUCAUCUUCAACUCGAAGGAGUUCGAGAGCUCAGCAAGAAGCCCACCAUUGCUUAUGGAGGUGGGCUUGUGUUUGAGGUUCUUUUCAAACGUAACGCUGCUUCAGAAUGGUUCAACCUCUGCGCUCGAUCUGGCGAUUAUCUUGGAAUCAUCGGCUGGGAUCAUAAAGGACAUGAGACUGAAAGAAUCUAUAACCUUCAUAUUUGA